AUGCUCUUCCACGACAUGAUGGGCAUGGUGUUGCUGCAAAGCGGCCUACGCCUGGAGACCCCGCCGGUGCUUCGACCCGAGCAGGUGGCGGACGCGGUGUACUGGAACUCCGGUGAAGGAUCGAGCGCUGCUGUUUGGGGCUGCCCCGCCUCCCAUGCCACCAAGAACUUCUCCUGGUGGAGCUCAACCUAUGUUGGGAGCAACACUGCUCUCGAGGGCAGCCCGGCCUACGUGGAUCCCGCGGUCAAGACGCUGGACGGCGUGUUCUAUUACGACGCGGAACUCUGCUCAGAAGCCGGCUUUCUCGAUCUGCCGAACAAGGAGCAGCUGCUGAGCAACUACUCUGCGGUGAUGGCCAUUCAAGAGGCCCAUUGCGGGGCGGAGCCACUGAAGUCUCUGGCGCCCCGGGCCGAUGGGUUGCGGCAGCCAGGGAUAGAUCACGCAGCAGAUCUGUUUCUGAUUGAGCUACUGAAGCCUCCUGCAGAGCGGGCAGCGGUUUUUCGCAUGGAGGGCAUUUUGGACGCGGUGAAGGCCGAACACUGUGCGGCGAACAUGUACGGUUGUCUGCUGCACUUCUGCUUGCACAGCUUUUGCAGGCAGGGAGAUCGCAUCGCUCAAGGCAACCAGUGCCGCUCUGAUUUCGAGAUCCUUCCCAGAGGCGCGCGACCUCCAGGACUGAUGCUGGGGUGA